UCCAGGUGAAAACUUUCAAAACCUGACCUGCAGCCGAUCUCACAAUCUCCCCCUUUUACGCCAACCUUUUGUUCCAGUUUCAGAACCGACAGAAAGAUUUUUGUUACUGUCCACAAGUCCACCCCUGGACGGGCAGCGAUGCAGAGAAGUCGUCUCAAGAUCGAGGAGAAGGAGCUGGACUUUGAGUUUGAGGUGGUGAAUGUUCAGUUCAACGAGCUUGGCAGUUACGUGCUGAGGCUGACCGUGGAGAACCCCCUGCUGGAGGACUGUGGGACUGGCGUGCAGCUGAGGGUCAAUGAUGGUGACGUCCUCUACACCAGCACUGGGACCACUGAUGUCAUUGAGCAAGCCAGCCUGGAUGAGAUCUACACCUGCCUUCGCUACAAGUUUCUCUUCACCCUGCCCAAAGGUUUCUGCAAGAAUGAUAAAAACCACGACGUCAGGCUGAAGGUCGAGGCCUUGCGGCUCACAGGCUUGCAGCCGAGCAAUGGCACCAAAUCCGGCGAAGCUUUCUUCGCCAUCUACCCGCGCACCAACGCGCCCCGCAGCAACCUGUACGCCCGCCGGGACGAGGAGCUGUACCAGUACAGCGGCAUCAUGGCCCUGCUGCGCGUCCACACCGACUACCUGGCCAUGCACUGCGGGCGGCUGGCCUACGCCGUCUCCUUUCAUGAGUCCAGGCCGCUGCCCGAGGGCCGGGCCAGUGCCUCCCGCAUGCCCUCCAUCCAGGAGGAGGACAAGGGCGGGGCGCCUUCACCGGGUCCCUCGACUCUCCAGGUGCCUCCAUUAACCCUCGGGCCCUCCCAGUCCCCGUCCCCCGAAAACACCCCGCCUCAGCCCACGGAGCCUGCGCUUCCUCAGCCUCCAACUCCCCAGUCUCCGAUCCAGCAUCCUAGCCCAGCUCCUGUCCAGCAAACUGACCCCGAGUCAAAUAUGAGGCUGUCCCCUGAGCCCAAGCCUGAGACUUCCAGCGACAGCCUGCCUCCCACUCCAAGGAGCAGCCUCUCGUCGCCAAGGCAACACGGCGCGUCCAGCAAGGCCAGCCUGCACUUCCCCUCCCCAGAGGAGACGCCCGUUCCGAGCCCCACGCCGUUUCCUGCAACACACGUGACGGAGGCGCCCCUGGGGAGCAAUGAGGUCACCCACGACAUUCUCACUAAUGACCGGCAUGUGUCUCGGCCAGGCAGAGAGGCCUUCGCCAUCAUCCUGCACGGAGCCACCUCCCUCCCGCCGCUGAGUGACGGAUCGGUGCCUCAGGCUUUUGCCACAGUGAAGAGUGGGGCGGACGAGAGGCAGGGCCGGCGCAGCCAGGGGGUGACCCACAGCGUGAAGCAGCCCACACACUGCCCCUCCUGGGGGGAGAGGGUGCUGCUGGAGCUGGGGGAGGAGGAGGCCGCGAACGAAGAGAUGGUCCUUAGUGUGGCUGACAGUCGAACUAAAGAGCUCCUGGCCUACUAUCGCCUACCUUUGCGUCAUCUCCAGCCUUUUCACCACUACCACAUGGAACUGGUGCAGGCUCAUGGGAAUGUGCCGGCAGGGGUGCGGCUGUACGCCACGGUGGUCCGACAAGUCAGCGCCCUUCCGCGACUGCCGCGCUUCUCCUUCACGGGCUUUGAGGUGCUGUUGCAGGGCAUGGAGAGGCCGCUGAGGGAGCCAGCGGGGCCUCUGCUUGCUGUGGCUCGUAUUGUCCCCGAUUAUGCGUCUUACAAAGACACCAUGCUGCUUCGGAGUCCUCGGGCGGCGGGCAUCACGGUGACCUCGGUCUCCUUCCCCCAGCCUCCCCCCUCCUGCUUUGAUGUGCCACCCCUGACUGCCCAAGGCCAUCCCCAGGUGUCCCAGGCAGGAUAUCCUGAGGAGCAGCCCAUCUGGAACCACUGCUUCCUCUUCCUUGGCCGAAACUGCGCCACCAUUUUCACUGGAGGGGCUGCACUGGUGCUGGAGUUUUACCCCAUUACCACAGUGAUGAACGCAGUCACCUGGCACAUCCGCAGCCCCCUGGGAUUCUCUGCUCUGCCCCUUGACCAGUCCCUGUACAAGAGGCUCAUGGGAGAAAAGGGUCAGAGAGGAGUGAGGGUGGAACAACUCCCCCUGCAGGGGAGCACACUUCGGACCACCUCGGACACUGACCCCUGCGUGGGCGUCAUUCUGCGCCUCAUCGGUUCAGAGCGCCCAGACUCUGUCCUGUCAUCCACUGACCCCAGUGUGCUGCCUUUGCUGGAUUCUGUACUACUGAAUGAUACUGGGGCGCCUUUAGUGCCUGUGGCCCCACAUUCCUCACCUCCAGACCAGGAAGAGGGUUCAUCUCCACGCGCCCCCACUCCUCAGAUUGACCACCCCCCUCGUCUUCAGCUCACGCUCCAGAAAAACAGGCACAAUCUCCCAUCACACGAUGCCCUCGCAGAGAUUCUCCCUGAGUACAAGUUCCUCUUCAAGGCACCUGUUCCCUCCAGGGUUGGACCCAGUCAUUCUGGACAGCACAAUCCCCACACGCCUCCUGGACCAGCACAGACUGGUCAGCAGGGGCACCCAGACACAGACCUGUUAAACCAGACUUACAGGCCUGAUUCUUCAGACAGGAGGCCUGGUGUACCUGGGAUUGAAGACAACAGCCAUGCAGCAGACGUUACUGCACACGAAGCCAGGGAGGUGGAGAACUACCGCACAGCCAUGCGGAAGAUGGCAGAAGACAUCAUUGCCCUCCGGAAGAAGGUGGGAGGCCUGGAGUCGGACAACAGCCAGCUGCGCAGUGAGCUGAGUCUGCACCAGGACCUGGGCCGGACCCUGCUGGACGACACUGACAUCGACGUCAUGACCAAGGCUGAGAUAGCUGACCGACUCGCAUCACUAAAAUUCAAGCUGGCAAGUGAGACAGCUGAAGUAACAACCCUCAAGGACAAAAUCCAACAGCUACAGAAUGAGUUGAUAAGGAAGAAUGACUCUGAGAAGGAGCUGCUGAGACUGCAGAGAGCCCACCAGCAGCAGCAGGCUGUACUGCAGAAGUACCAGGCCCGGGUGGCUAAGAUGAACAGCCUGGAGGCCACAGUGCGGCAGCAGGAGAAGGUGAUAGAAAAAAUGGAAAAGGUUUUGGACAGUAAACUGAAAGAGAAGAAAAGAGAUCGAGGGAACACUAUGACUAAACAAUCAGAAGGAGCAGUUGAUGACAACAGGAGGAAAGAGAUGGAGUCUGCUCUGGCUGCAGAGAACACACGUCUCAGAGGGGAGCUGGAGAAACUGCGCUACCAGACUGGACCCCUCGUGAUACAGCAGCCAGCACAGACACAGGACCCAUUCCCAGACAAUGAGAAGUUGAGUUUGCUGACCCGCCUGGAAAAAGCUCAGGCCCGCAUACAAGUGCUGGAGAGCCAGGUAGGCCUCAUCGUUAAUGAAUGUGCUUUAUUAUAACUAGUAAUAAUAAGAAUCUAUUAUUGGAUUCAGAAAGACGUUUAUCUUGAAGUAUCACAUACUUUAAAAUGUUAUGCCUCAUAGAAAUGGUAUUAAAAGUUAAAAGCAAAUGUGCCGGCUACCGAAGCCUCUAUCUGAUUGUGUCUCUCUCUUCCUGCCCCCUUCCUGGACAGGAAGUGUUAAUGGUCAGGUUAGAGCUGUCCUCUCUGACGCUUGUGUCUCUCUCUUCCUGCCCACCUCCUGGACAGGAAGUGUUAAUGGUCAGGUUAGAGCUGUC